AUGGGUGCUCCUGAAAAUCUAUCCUCUUUUGGAUGUGAACUUAGAAUCAUUAGAGCCAAAAACAUAGAGUUGAAAUCCCCUGGACACUUGUUUGUCAGAUGCUAUCUCUCCGCAGGAAACAACAACAGGGUUCGACUAGACAGCCAAGAAAUCUCAUCAAAAUCCGACUUGUUUUGGAAUGAAACGCUCUCGUUAGAGUGUUCGGGUACCCAAGACUCCAUGGAGAUGCUGCUGAUGCAAGGAAGUGUUGUUUUUGAACUUCGGUGGAGAAGCAGCCUACCGGUUCUUGGGAAAAUUGGAGGAUCACAUCUCUUGGGUAGAGCUGAGAUUCCAUGGAAAACUGUCUCCGAGACCCCGGAGAUGGAAAUUGAGAAAUGGGCAGUCAUGGUUCCAAAAAGUAGACGCGUAUAUGAAGAUAUCAAGCCACCUGCAGUGCAAGUAGCAAUGAAGCUUAAAGUUCCGACAGUAAAAGAGGCGACGUCGGUGCCAGUGCCGGUGUUGAUGCCGAUGACGAUGAGGAAGAGGAGAAAUAAUCAAAGGGUGACAAAUUCAGAUGAGUGUGGAUGCGUGGACGUUGGGUGCAAUUGUGCAGAUUAUGAUAUGUUUGCACUAGUUGCAGCUUUGGAUGGCUUUUAG